AUGGCUUCUGAUCUUCCUCUAAUCACCAUCUUCUUCGCUCUCCUCUUUCUCCCCAACUCCACAUUCUCAGCACACGCUCCUCAAUCCUCCCCUUCUCCGUCUCCGCAGCGAGCUAUCUCCCCACCUCCAAUGGCGCCAACGCCAUCCCCAGCGUCUCCUCCGUCGCGUCCAAUUCCAAAUUCACCUUCUCCGGCGCCGUUCCCACGGCACGAAGACGCCGAUCACGAAGAGUCCCGGUCUCCUGCGCCGGUUGAGGCAGCCGAUCUCGGCGAUUUGGAGGAGUCGGAAGGCAUGAGCGGAAGAAAGAAGGCGGGGAUCGCGGUUGGAGUGAUUGCUGCGGGUUGCGUGGUAGGGAUGGCGGCGGCGGUGUAUAAGAAGAGGCAGCGGAACAUCCGGCGCGGGCGGUACAGCUACACCGAUCAAAGAGAUUUUUUGUAG